AGCUUUCACCCUUUGGAUGUGAAUAUUUGCCUUUCUUUUGACAUGGCACCUGUGCUUGCCAAAGGAACAGGAGCUCCUGGUGCUGGAUGGACAGGGGACCAGAAACUUGUGACAGCUGGAGGAACAAGAGCAGGAUCUGAAAGGAAAUAGGAUCUAAAAGAACAGCACUGGGAUCUUCCACCUUUCUGGAGAAUGCAUUUACAAGACUGUUUUACAACAAGUCUCCCAGACUGAAACGAGCAUCUUCAAAGAGCAUCUUUGCCAGCGGUGAUGAACUCAUCCGAUCAACCCAGCGUUCUACACCUUAACGUGACUGCUUUUGUGAGCAACCUUACAGUGCCCACAGUCAAGCCUAAUCCAUCAACAUGUGAGCAAGUGGUCAUAGCAGCUGAGGUGUUCCUCACCCUUGGCAUUGUAAGCCUUCUUGAAAACAUCCUAGUCAUCUGUGCUAUAAUUAAGAACAAGAACUUGCACUCUCCUAUGUAUUUCUUUGUGUGCAGCUUAGCUGUUGCUGACAUGCUGGUCAGUGUAUCAAAUGCCUGGGAGACCAUAACCAUAUAUUUGUUGAACAACAGGCAUCUCAUUAUUGAAGAUGUUUUUGUCCGUCACAUAGACAAUGUUUUUGAUUCAAUGAUCUGUAUAUCUGUGGUGGCUUCCAUGUGUAGUUUGCUAGCUAUAGCAGUAGACAGGUAUGUCACUAUCUUUUACGCCCUCCGUUAUCACAACAUCAUGACUGUGAAAAGAUCAGGACUCAUCAUUGCAGGCAUAUGGACUUUUUGCACUGGUUGUGGAAUCCUCUUCAUCCUUUAUUAUGAGUCCAAGUAUGUCAUCAUGUGUCUCAUCACCAUGUUCUUCACUAUGCUGUUUCUCAUGGUCUCGCUGUACAUACAUAUGUUCCUUCUGGCUCGUACGCAUGUCAAGAAGAUAGCAGCAUUGCCAGGAUAUAAUUCUGUUCAUCAGCGGACCAGCAUGAAAGGUGCGAUUACUCUGACUAUGCUGCUGGGCAUCUUUAUUGUUUGUUGGGCUCCAUUUUUCCUCCAUCUCAUCCUGAUGAUCUCCUGCCCUCAGAAUCUCUACUGUGUUUGCUUCAUGUCCCACUUCAACAUGUACCUCAUCCUCAUCAUGUGCAAUUCGGUUAUUGAUCCUUUGAUUUAUGCCUUUCGAAGCCAAGAAAUGCGGAAGACUUUUAAGGAGAUCUUCUGCUGCUAUAGUGUAAGCAUGGCGUGUGGACUGCCCAGCAAGUAUUAGGAAACAUGUAUGUAUGGUGUUUUUUUUUUAAAAAAGAACUUUUAAGAAACAACUCCUACAGUGCAAUCCUAUGCACAACUACUCACAAGU